AUGUGUCAUGUUGUCAACUCAGCAUUUUCUGGCGUACUGACAGUUCCCACACCCCUUACGGUAGGUCACAGGCUGCUUUAUGUAGGGGAACGGGCGUCACUAGCAAAAACGUUCAGUGCUAGAGAUGUCGCACUUUUUGCUGAGCUGACUGGAGACACAAAUCCUCUCCACCUCGACCCUGAGUACGCCAAAACAACCUCUUUUGAGCAUCCCAUUGUUCACGGAGUGCUGAUUAACGGUCUGAUCUCAGCAGUUUUGGGGACUAAGUUGCCCGGCAAAGGUUGCAUUUUUCUCCAUCAGGAAAUACGCUUUCCGGCGCCCCUCUACAUCGGAGAGGAGGUGGUGGCGGAAGCAGAAGUUAAAAAAAUCAAAAUGUCCUUCGCUUUCAUUUCUGUUUCCUGUGCUGUCAAAGACAAGGUGGUCAUGGAGGGAGAGGUCAUGGUUAUGAUCCCGGAGAACUCACAGUGACCAUGAGAAACAAAAUUUGUUUUUCUGUCCUUCGCUUUAACUGAAUGGAUGCUGUGUCUUGUGUUUAUGAACAAAAUGUGCUGCCAGAAAGCACAUUUAUUUUUGUUCUGUUUAAAGGUAAUACUUCUGUUUCCUAUAUGUAAUAAUAAACAGAUUUAUUCUCUGAGGUGCAGUUUUAAUAAACUUUGUGUUGAAAAAUAA